UGCGUACGCGGCGGCGGUUGGCCGCGCGCGGACUGCGAGAAGAGGAGCGAGGUGAGGCGAGGUGGCCCCGGACCCACCGACCCACAGACUGAGGGGCUCACACGGCCGUCAGCAGCCAGGCGGCCCGAGAUGCUGUCCGGGAAGAAGGCGGCGGCGGCCGCAGCUGCCGCGGCGGCAGCAGCUGGCUCGGAGGCUGGCGCUGGGGCAGCGGCUGGCUCGGAGAAUGGCUCAGAGGUGGCCGCGCCGCCCGCGGGCCCGUCGGGGCCUGUGGAUGCCGGGCCGGGGGUGGCCGGGGAGCGCACUCCCCGCAAGAAGGAGCCUCCGCGGGCCUCGCCCCCCGGGGGUCUCGCCGAGCCGCCAGGGUCCGCCGGGCCUCAAGCCGGGCCUACAGUCGUGCCUGGAUCUGCAACCCCCAUGGAAACGGGCAUCGCGGAGACCCCGGAGGGGCGACGGACCAGCCGGCGCAAGCGGGCGAAGGUAGAGUACAGAGAGAUGGAUGAAAGCUUGGCCAACCUUUCAGAAGAUGAGUAUUAUUCAGAAGAAGAGAGAAAUGCCAAAGCAGAGAAGGAAAAGAAGCUUCCCCCACCACCCCCUCAAGCCCCACCUGAAGAAGAAAAUGAAAGUGAACCCGAAGAGCCAUCUGGUGUAGAGGGUGCAGCAUUCCAGAGUAGACUUCCUCAUGACAGGAUGACUUCUCAAGAAGCAGCUUGUUUUCCAGAUAUUAUCAGUGGACCACAGCAGACCCAGAAGGUCUUUCUAUUUAUUAGAAACCGCACAUUGCAGUUGUGGUUGGAUAAUCCAAAGAUUCAGCUGACUUUUGAGGCUACUCUCCAGCAAUUAGAAGCACCUUACAACAGUGAUACUGUGCUUGUCCACCGAGUUCACAGUUAUUUAGAGCGACAUGGUCUUAUCAACUUCGGCAUCUAUAAGAGGAUAAAACCCCUCCCAACUAAAAAGACAGGAAAGGUAAUUAUUAUAGGCUCUGGAGUCUCAGGCUUGGCAGCAGCUCGUCAGUUACAAAGUUUCGGAAUGGAUGUCACACUUCUGGAAGCUAGGGAUCGUGUAGGUGGACGAGUUGCCACAUUUCGAAAAGGAAACUAUGUAGCUGAUCUUGGAGCCAUGGUAGUAACAGGUCUUGGAGGGAAUCCCAUGGCUGUAGUCAGCAAACAAGUAAAUAUGGAACUGGCCAAGAUCAAGCAAAAAUGCCCACUUUAUGAAGCCAAUGGACAAGCUGUUCCUAAAGAAAAAGAUGAAAUGGUAGAGCAAGAGUUUAACCGGUUGCUAGAAGCUACAUCUUACCUUAGUCAUCAGCUAGACUUCAAUGUCCUCAAUAAUAAGCCUGUGUCCCUUGGCCAGGCAUUGGAAGUUGUCAUUCAGUUACAAGAAAAGCAUGUCAAAGAUGAGCAGAUUGAACAUUGGAAGAAGAUAGUGAAAACUCAGGAAGAAUUAAAAGAGCUUCUUAAUAAGAUGGUAAAUUUGAAAGAGAAAAUUAAAGAGCUCCAUCAGCAGUACAAAGAAGCAUCUGAAGUCAAGCCGCCCAGAGAUAUCACUGCUGAGUUCUUAGUGAAAAGCAAACAUAGGGAUCUGACUGCCCUGUGCAAGGAAUAUGAUGAAUUAGCUGAAACACAGGGAAAACUAGAAGAAAAACUUCAAGAAUUGGAAGCUAAUCCCCCAAGUGAUGUAUAUCUCUCAUCAAGAGACAGACAAAUACUUGAUUGGCAUUUUGCAAAUCUUGAGUUUGCUAAUGCCACACCUCUUUCUACACUCUCCCUUAAACAUUGGGAUCAGGAUGACGACUUUGAGUUUACUGGCAGCCACCUGACAGUGAGGAAUGGCUACUCGUGUGUGCCUGUGGCGUUAGCAGAAGGCCUAGAUAUUAAAUUGAAUACAGCAGUUCGACAGGUUCGCUACACGGCUUCAGGAUGUGAAGUGAUAGCUGUGAAUACUCGCUCCACAAGCCAGACCUUUAUUUAUAAAUGUGAUGCAGUUCUCUGUACCCUCCCCUUGGGUGUGUUGAAGCAGCAGCCACCAGCUGUUCAGUUUGUGCCGCCUCUUCCUGAGUGGAAAACAUCUGCAGUCCAACGGAUGGGAUUUGGCAACCUUAACAAGGUGGUGUUGUGUUUUGACCGGGUGUUCUGGGAUCCAAGUGUCAAUUUGUUCGGGCACGUCGGCAGCACAACUGCCAGCAGGGGUGAGCUCUUCCUCUUCUGGAACCUCUAUAAAGCUCCAAUACUACUGGCACUAGUGGCAGGAGAAGCUGCUGGCAUCAUGGAAAACAUAAGUGAUGAUGUGAUUGUAGGCCGAUGCCUGGCCAUUCUCAAAGGGAUUUUUGGUAGCAGCGCAGUUCCCCAGCCGAAGGAAACUGUGGUGUCUCGCUGGCGUGCUGAUCCCUGGGCCCGGGGCUCCUAUUCUUAUGUAGCUGCAGGAUCAUCUGGAAAUGACUAUGAUUUAAUGGCUCAGCCCAUCACUCCUGGCCCCUCCAUUCCAGGUGCCCCACAGCCAAUUCCACGACUCUUCUUUGCUGGAGAACACACGAUCCGUAACUACCCUGCUACAGUCCAUGGUGCUCUGCUGAGUGGGCUUCGAGAAGCAGGAAGGAUUGCAGACCAGUUUUUGGGAGCCAUGUAUACCCUGCCUCGCCAGGCCACACCAGGGGUUCCUGCACAGCAGUCCCCAAGCAUAUGAGACAGAUGUGUCCUAAGGGAAGAGGCCAACGUAUAUGUCUUUUGCUAUGUAAGCAAAGCUCUUCUAGCAAUACUAGAUUCCUGAGAAACUUGCCCUGGCAUCCGGGCUCCCAGUCAGCUGCUGAAGUUCUUGAUGGCCAAGCAGUUGCCUCCUUUGAGCCACUUAGAGCCAGGGCAGGAGGCACUUGUCCAUCAGGUGGAAGUGUGUGUUCUUCAAGAUUGAGGCAAGCAAGCACUAUGAAAACAUCUUAGUCUCUUGGUGUGUGGUAAUUUUUUUAUAUUUUGAGAAUAAAACUUCAUAUAAAAUU